AUGAGCAGGAGCGUCAAAUUCCGGAGGCCGUCACCCAGCGGUCACUACGACCACCAGCGGAGCGACUCGGGCUUUAGCGACUGCGAGAGCCGGGCUUCCAACCCCGACGCCGACUAUCUGGUGCCCGGCUUCGAGGAUCACGGCCUCUACAGCAUCCGGCAGGCGCUCGACACGGCGCGCGAGGAGAGCGAAAAAUGGCGGGCGCGCGCCGAGGAGCUCGAGGAGAGGAACAAGGAGAUGCGCAACGACUUGGAGCAGACCAAGGCACGGCUGCGCGCAUUAACCAACGAGCUUGAGAUCGCCAACCAGGCCAAGGAAACCCUCGCAAAAACCAACAAGGAGCUCGCCGAGCAGAACGCCCAGCUUCAGGAGACGAUCAAGGAGCUGAAAAAGACCAACCGCAAGAGCAGCAGCGGCUCAUCGCCCUCGGGCUCCAGCGCUACCGCGUCCGAGUCGUCCGACGAGAAGAAGCUGCGCCGCAGCCCCAGCAAGCGCCGCAAGGACCCAUCCGAGAAGUCAGAAAAGGAGAGGGGGCGCGAGCGGGAACGUGAGCGCGAGAAGGAGCGAGACAAGGAGCGCGACAAGGAGCGCGAACGCGAGAGGCGCAAGGAGAAGGAGAAAGAGAGGGAAAGGGAGAGGGAGAGGGCGUUGCAGGAAGAAACGGAACGUCUGCGCAAGCGCUUCGACACGCGCGCCGAGGACAGCGACGCGAAGAGUAGCACGACCGCCAAGAGCCAGCGUAGCCGACACGAGAACUACAUCGAGCCGCUCGGCCACGGUGCACCGAGGCCACAGGUCCCGGUCGCAGCUCCGGCACCACGGCAAUACACGGCAUACACGGCUUCCACCGCGCCGACCGUCUAUUCGGCGCCUGCUCCCGCCUACGGUAGCAUACGCGAGCCCUUCACAGCGGCCACUCCGCGGUCCCUCCACCCCAAGGUCUACGUCGCCGACGAAUACGCUUACGCCGCGGCGGACGAGGAGGAUGCUGCCUUCGUCCACCCGCUCUCCCGACCCACACGGCACCCUCGGUGA